AUGGACAAUGAUUAUCACUAUGAGUACACGGAAUGUGAUAAUACUGGGUCCCGGUGGAGAGUUGCCAUUCCUAAAUCUCCAGGAACGUGCACUGGAUUGCCUGAGCCAAUCAAAGGCAGAGAAUGCUCCUUUUCUUGUGGAUCAGGGGAGUUUCUGGAACUACAAAACCAGAACUGCAGUAAAUGUGCAGCAGGGAGUUACUCCCUGGGAAGUGGCAUUCGAUUUGAUGACUGGGAUACUAUGCCACUUGGAUUUUCAACUGUAGCAACAUUUGUGGACGAUAUGGGAAAGAGUAGUACCAGCAGUAACAAUUGUAACUCAUCCUCCUGGAUUCCCCGAGGAAGUUACAUUGCUUCAAACAGAGAUGAUUGCACAGUUUCCCUCAUCUAUUCAGUACACCUGAAGAAAUCAGGAAGUGUUACAUUUGAUUAUCAAUAUCUGGAUAACUCUAUCUUCUUUGAAUUUUUUGUACAAAAUGAUCGGUGUCAGGAUACAGAAAUGGCAGAACAAAGAUGGGUGUCUAAAACAGAGAGGGAUGAAUGGAAAAAAUAUUCAAUGGUGCUUUCUCUAAAACUUGGAGAAGACCGUGUAGCCUAUACUUCUGAAUGUUUCCUGUGUAAACCUGGAACGUUUAGCGAUACUGCUGGUUCUUCCGUCUGUAAGCCCUGUCCUCGAAAUACGUUUUCUGGAAGAGGAGCCAGUUCCUGCCAGAAAUGUGAUGAAACCAAGCAGUUUUCAGAUGAAGGAUCUAGUGAGUGCAAAGAUCGCCCACCAUGUACAGAGAGAGAUUAUUUUCAGAUACAUACACGAUGUGACAAUGAGAGAAAGACUCAGAUCAUGUACAAAUGGGUUACACCGAAGCUUUGUAGGGAGGAUAUGAAAAAUGCAGUCCAGCUCCCUCCAUCUGGAGAGAAAAAGCCUUGUCCACCAUGUAACCCUGGUUUCUACAACAAUGACACUGCAACCUGUGCUCCCUGCCCUUCUGGAACCUUCUCAGAUGGAAUGAGUCCAUGUAAGCCAUGCCCGGCUGGUACUGAGCCUGUGCUGGGCUUUGAGUAUAAAUGGUGGAACACUUUACCAGCGAAUAUGAAGACCUCAUGCUUCAAUGUUGGAAAUUCCAAGUGUGACAAAAUGAAUGGGUGGGAAGUAGCAGGUGAUCACAUUCACAGUGCCGUUGGAGGGUCUGAUAAUGACUAUCUCAUCUUAAAUCUCCACAUUCCCAGCUUCAGCCCACCGAUUUCAUCAGCACAUUCCAGUGGGUUGGAAGUGGGGAGAAUUACCUUUAUUUUUGAGACUCAGUGUGCUGGAGACUGUGAGUUAUACUUCAUGGCGGAUAUAAACAGAAAGGUGACGAGUGUUGUCGAAUCUUGGGAAGGUACUAAAGAGCGACAGUCGUACACUCACGUCCUAACGAAGAAUGUAGCGGUUACUUACACUUGGGCUUUCCAACGAACAAGUUCCCCUCAAGAGGUCAGAAAGUUUCUGAAUGAUAACGUAAAGAUCUACUCCAUCACUGUGAGCAAUGUGGAAAAUGGCGUGUCUUCGCAUUGCCGGCCUUGUGCACUUGGCCCUGAUCAGCAGAGUUCUUCUUGUGUGCCUUGUCCACCUGGACACUAUAUUGAGAAAGACACAAAUCAGUGCAAGGAAUGUCCUCCAGACACCUACCUCUCAGCCCAUCAUGCGUAUGGUGUAGAGGUAUGCAUUCCCUGUGGACCUGGCAGCAAAAGUGAUAAGGAUCAUUCAGUUUGUUUCAGUGAUUGUUCUUUUACACACACAUUGGAGAAUCGUACUUUAACAUUCAAAUUCAGCAAUCUUAGUGGUGUGGCUUCCUUAAUGAAUGGACCCAGUUUCACCUCAAGAGGGACAAAGUAUUACCAUUUUUUUAACAUUAGCUUAUGUGGAAACGAGGGGAAAAAGAUAGCCAUUUGCUCCGAUAAUGUAACUGAUGUAACAGUCCAAGAUGUACAGAGCGAUCCCAAUGAGUUGAGCAAUUCUGUUGCUUCUUUUCUGUGCCAAUCAACUAUCAUUCCUUCAGACGGGAGGAGUUUCCGAACUGCACUGUCGUCUCAGUCUAUCAGUCUGGCUGAUGCCUUUCUAGGUGCAACUGUUGAAACAUCUGUGCAAAAUUUUACUGCGAGACCAAAUCUAUUUCCUGCCCCUACAAACCACAUACCCGAUAUUCAUUUCUUCUAUAUGUCAUCUCUGUCAACAACAUCGUGUGAAAAUGGGCGUGGAACUGUCAUAACAAUAAGAUGUAAUCCGGGAAAGGAUGGCAAAGGAGAAAUCUCUGUACCAAGUGUCUGUCCAGGUGGAACUUGUGAUGGAUGUACAUUCCUUUUCCUGUGGGAAACUGUCCAGGCCUGUCCACUCUGCACAGCAGCUGACUACCACGCAAUCGAGGGAGCUUGCAAGGGUGGCCUUCAGGAAACCACAUACGUGUGGAAGGAGCCGAAGGUGUGCAACAAAGGAGUCAAACUUCCUGAAAAAAGAAUCACCAACUGUGAGAUGAUAGAUUUUUGGUUGAAAGUUGUUGUUGGAAUUGGAGCUUUUACUGCAGUGUUGCUGGUAAUAUUAACCUGCUAUUUCUGGAAAAAGAACAAGAAGCUAGAGUACAAAUACUCGAGACUGGUGAUGAAUGCAAACUCGAGGGAAGUGGAACUUCCUGCAGCUGAUAGCUGUGCUAUAAUGGAAGGCGAAGAUAAUGAAGAUGAAAUUGUUUAUUCCAAUAAACCUUCCUUACUGGGGAAGCUGAAAUCAUUAACUUCAAAGGACAAAGAAGAUAUUUUUGAGUCUGUUCAACUCAAGUCACCAAGAGCUCGCAAUAUAUGAAGAUGGAAAGUUGGUUACAGAAACGUUGGCAGUAAUCCCUAUUACAAAACACACAGACGUGUACCAGCUUGAACCAUGAAGACAUCUCAAGUACUACUGUACCUGAAAUACUACUGAAAAGAAACAUUUGCAAACAGUCACUGUUUGAUUGCCUUAUUGUGCCAGUUGUAGGGAGUAUCAGACAUGAGUCGCCAAAUGUAAUGAACAUGCUGGUUGCCAAACUGACAACAUAAAUCUCAGGAAGACCUUAUGUUCAUUCUUCUUACUAACUCACCAAUAUAAUUGGACAUUUUAACACAUUUAUUUUUCUUCUACCAUUUGUGCUGUUGCAGGGAUAUUUUUCUUUUUUCCCCUUGUUUCUCUCUGCAGUUAACUGCAUUACUUUAUUUCCUAGAUUUUCAAUGUAGCUGUGUACUGCAAAAGUAGGUUCCAUAAUUUAAAAUGAUAGAUUUAAUCUGUGAAUUAUAUUUAUAGUGUGCAAAUCAGCAGGUAAGCCAAUGAUGAAAAUAAUCUUGUAACGUUUACAAGACAGUGAAUAUCACAUGAUUUUAAAAGAAAUGAAAAGCCCUCUAACACCAUCCCAUCUUGUCUUGUCUGCUGGAUGAAACUCUUUGUACUGGAAAGCUUAAACUUUGUGGAGUGUGCAUUGAACAUGAUUCAGUCUGUGUGCCAUUAGAGAAAAUGAAUACUUGUUGCAAAUACCUAACAGACUGUUUAAAGUGUGGGUGUUGGGCUGUGAUAGCUGGUGCUAAGUCAUGUCUUCACUGGCAAUGGUUUUAAUUGGCACUUGCUCAUUGUACCCCCAUGUGGCUGAUCUGAGGUGUAGCCAGUUCAGGGUGCUCCCUGAAUGUCAUUUUACGUGUUAAUUCAGUAAUGUUUACUAUAGAUGCCACAAAGCGGCAUGCCCGAAUACAUUGUGUUCAUUAUUUUCAAUUAUUGAGAAUGGAAAUAUGAUGCAGUAGAAUUAAUCAGUUUUAAUGUAACAUUCAAACACUUACCUGUUUUUGGCACAAUGAAACACAGGCUUGUAGCUCUUUGAGAAAAGUUGCUGAAAUAAGAACUGAAUUUUUAUGCUUUGUCUGAUGUAAUAGUGAUUGCUGUUAGAAAGCCCUAAGGGUUGGGGCAGGAUGUUGCAAGGAUGGAAUAAGGUUCUGUAUUAGGCAUUGGACUGUGUUGCCAAAGGGAGCAGAAAAACAGUCACAUUUUCAAAAUUCAAUACAUAAAAUGUGUAUUGAAUGAAGCUAUUUCUAUAUAGAUUGUGUAAGAAUUGAUCUGUGUGUUAAAUUAUAGAAGUUAAACGUUAAGGAAAGUUUAAUAAAUAAUUUUGCUACAACAGGGAACUGCUUAAUAACUGAAGAAAGGUUCUGAACAAGUUGUAUCAGACUUAAAACGUUAACUCUGUUUUCUCUCCACAGAUGCUGUCAGACCUGCUGAGUUUCUCCAGCAAUUUCUCUUUUUUUCAUAUUUCCAGCACUGUUAACUGGAAGUGCCCAGGAAAGAUCUUCUACACAGAUUGUUCCUGCCAACAACCAUCAGGUGGCAGCGAGAACAAUUAAAACCAUUUGCAAGUGUUAGUGAGCGAAAGUAUUAAACAAGUCUUACUUCAUCAAAGUACUAAUCAACACUACCCCUUUUUCCUCCAGAUCUGGUGAUGUUAUGUUAUCUUUACCAGUCGGGCUUAUAUUAUCACAAACUUGUCAAUCAAAUCAAAGUUUUGCUUCUCUCAUGAGCAAGGCAGAAGAGUCACAAAGCAUCCUUCAGGUGACUGAAGGUGACCACAGAUACCUUUUUACUUUUAUAAAAAAAAACAAUCUCAACUAGCCAGACCAAAUAUCCUUUCCAAGGCAGUGCUGUUUUGCAAAUUCAGAGGGAAAGACCUUGUCUUUUGAUCUUUAGUUCUGAAGCCUGUACUGUUUAUGAUAAUAAAUGAAUUAGUGAUUUGAAUUUUUGAAACUGUGAAGUGGGGGUGCAAUUUUUGAUAUAAACAUGAGGGUGAAAUGUUCCUUUGUAAUUUUAUGUUUGUUGCAGUUGUGGAUGGACUGGUUACUGAGAACACAGUGCUGCAGGAUUCCCAUUACGUUAAGUCAAGGGGCAUUUUAUUUAGGCAUUACAGUGAACUAUAAAAUUAUAUACACAAAGAUAUUUUAGUUGUAUGAAUGUCUUUUGACCAAGGGAGAGGUGUUUUAUUUGCUAUGGAUUUUUGUUAUUUAAUAAUCAGCUAAUUUAACUGUAAAACAGAACUGGAAGAUUCAGAGUUUAGAAAAGUGAUUUGAAACUAAUGAGCAAACAUAUCAGCACACUUAGAAAAUUGGAAAUGAAGAAUGAUAUUUUGAUUAAUGCCGUGCAUUGUUACUCUAAUGCACAUAAUUGACUUUUAGUAAAGCAGUUUAGUUAGAUAUUAAUUGCAAAAGAUAAAGUAAAACUCAUUUGGCUAGAUGGCUGGUUUGCAAUACAGAAUGACAACAUAGGUUCAAUUCCUAUGCUGGCUGAGGUUACCAUAAAGGACUCUCCAUCUUAACCUCUCCCUCUCUGAUGAGGGAGCAGCUGUAUGGUCCAGGAAGACUCUAGUGACUUUACAAAGGUAGUUUUGAUCUGUGCACAACCAUAAUUUGACACAAGAGGGCAGUGUUUCCACAGUGGAGGUGACUGGUGUUUGGAGUGUACAGUAUACUGUAUCUAAAAAUAUGUUCUUUUGGCUAAUUGUUCCCUGUCUCCUUACCUUCUCCCUGAGUUUCUGCUCAAACCCGUUUUCAUUUUGAUCUGUGUGACAUCUACAUCGAAUCAGUAGCUGGGCAACAUUUUUAAAACAUGGUUAUUUUUUCUGAUGAAGGGUCUAGGCCCGAAACGUCAGCCUCUCUGCUCCUAUGAUGCUGCUUGGCCUGCUGUGUUCAUCCAGCCCUGCACCUUGUUGUCUUAAAUUUUUAAAAAUAUUGUUUUCAAACAAUAUUCCUUAAUGUGCUUGAUAAUUUCAAAAACUUUAAUUAAUACACUUCAAAAUAGAUUUAUUGCAAAAAAUAAGCAUUUUGACUCACAACAUCAGUCCAACUGUAAUUUUAAAUAUCUACAUGUACUUUUAAAAUAUAUACAGAGCUAUUUUGUAAAUUGGGGCAAUCAGUUGUUUUGAAAUUCUUUUUUUUAAAAUUCAAACCCUUUUGUAACUUACCUAAUAGUCACUUUACACCCAAAGGUUCCAGUGAAUUCAUGGAGCCUACUCAAGAUUGAUAACUGGGUGCAGUGGGUGGAAUCUUGGCAGGGUAAUUUAACUCCUAUUGGGGGCAUGAUCCUCCUUUUGGGCCAUAUCUGGUUCCAGUGUGGAGCUUUUUUAAAACCAGCACAAUAUUUUGGGGAAGCUUAAGUUACACUUGAAAUUUCACAAACCUUUACACUAUAUUGUGCAGAUAUUGCAGGUAAUAGCACGGAUAAAAAUGGUGAGGGUAAUUGGAGAGUCCAGGUCAGCAACAUUACAUAAAACUCUUUUAUCAGUUCGAUUUUUUUUUUGAAGUUGCGUGCUUAGUUAUAAUAAAUCAGUUUUCUUCUGAAUAUUACUCACACUGUUAGAUUCUUGUUGCUUUAAGUCCACUGCUGGUCAUUUUUUCCAAAUACAAUGAAGCAUAAAUAUAUAGAGAAAAAAAGUUUUUUUUUAUGAAGCACAGUUGUAUGACACUAUGUUUAGAGACAAAGGUUAUACCAUUUAAAAUUCCUUCCACAUGUUGUGCAUUCUAGUUUAUUUUUGAGAAUGGGUGCAUUGUUUGUAUAUUUUGGAGCCAUGCAUUAUGUGUUUUUUUUUCGCUGAGCUGUACACUCUUUGUUAGCCAAAAUGAUCAUGGUCUUUGGUGUCACCUUUCUUAAAAUAAACGUGAGCAGUUUUGGGAAUUUUUGGUGACUCAUAUUCUGUUCUUUAAGUUGAAA